GUGGACACGCUCCAUAGUACAGUACAGGCUAAACUCCAAGACUCCAUUUAUAACUGGGGAGAGAGAGCGACAGAGGGGAGAGAUGGCGUCCUCCAGAGGAAGAAUGUCCGCCCUUCUCAGUCUCUGCUGCCUCUUCUCCACCGAUUUUACUCAAUCGGAAGCGAGAGAAUUGCGGCCCUCCGAUCACGGCCUGCAGUACCAAGAUCCGCCGCCUGCCGGAGCGAAGCCGGCCCCGGAGAUGGCGUCCUUCUUCGGGGCCUCGCCGCCGUCGCCUCCCUCUUCUAAUUCUUCCGCGUCGUCCCCGGGGAUGGCGCUCCCGAACGCGAUGAACUCGAGCAAUGACCCGUGGUGGCGAGGAGGAGGAUAUGGCGGCGGCGGUGGGGAAGGAGGAAGAGGGAGGAGAGAUCGGGUGAGAGGCGCGCUCUUGGUGGCGAGCAUCGUUUGCGGAAUCACCGGCAUCGUUCUGCUGUUAGCUUCCGGGCUGUUUUUUCUCUUCAAGUUUCGAAAGGAGGGGUCUGAUCCGGCGGCGGCGGCAGCUCCACCUCCUCCUCCGCUCUGGCCACCGCUGCCGCUUCCUCCGCUAGUGGCAUCCGGACGGGCGGAAGAUUAUAAAAAGUGAACCGGUUCACGGUCAUCAUUAUUAGUAUUGUAGUUCAUUCUUGCUAAACGCCAUGUCAAUUAUGUGAAGUAAUAUCACAAAAUUAUUCAUUACUACAAAGAACAAGCCAUGUUGC